GUCAGACAUUCCGCAUAUUACAGUCAGUUCACGAACCUGUUCGUGUAGCUGAUCAUGACUUUCCUGCAGGAUAUGGAACGUUACAACUUACCAUUUUUGUAUGUCGUCAAUGGUCCCUUGGAACUUCUUUACUCACGCAUAUGCAAGACCUCGAAAGCCUCAUUCUAGAUCCUCAAUAUGAUGAUACGUUGAAGGCUGACAGAGAAACUCGACCUAUCUGGAUAUUAUUA